AUGGUAAAAAAAGAAAAUACAACAAAAUCCACAAAAAGAUUUAAAUACACGUCUUUUAAAUCUAGAAUAGAUGAUUUAAAAAUCGAGCCAGCUAAAAAUCUUGAGAAAAGAGUUCAUGAUUAUGUGGAAACCUCCCAUUUUUUAGCCUCUUUUGAGCAUUGGAAAGAUAUCAAUUUAAGUGGUAACUUCACUGCAUUCGUGUCCGAAGUUGAACCAAUUAUUCAAACAUUACCUCAAAUUUUAUACCAUCAAAAUACGAUUUACCAAAGUUUAAUUAAAUAUAUCGCCAAAAACGAUGAAAAAUCAUUACAACCUUUACUUGAUCUGUUAUCACAAUUUGUUCAUGAUUUGGGUCCUGAUUUUAUGUCCUUUUACAACAAAACAAUCGAUGUCUUAGUCAAAUUACUGAAUGAGGUUAUUGUAUUAGAAGACUCCAAUGUAUUUGAAUGGACUUUCAAUUCUUUGGCUUAUAUUUUCAAAUAUUUAUCCAGAAUCCUUACUGAGAAAUAUCUAAUUCCAACUUUUGACCUUUUAUUUCCUUUAUUGUCACAUUCAAAGGAUUAUUUAUCCCGUUUUUCUGCUGAGACUUUAUCAUUUUUAAUAAGAAAAUCGAAAUCUGAUAAAUUGACAAACUUCGUUCGUUAUAUUUUCAAUAAAUUAGCCACAUUUUUACAUUCAAAUUCCUUGUCAGAAAAUAAUUUAUAUGAUGGUUUAUUGACCUUAUUUACAGAAUCCUUAAUUACAACUUCAGGUUCAUUACAUUCUAAAACCAAAAUUAUUUUAAGAAUCCUAUUAAACGAGACAUUAAAUAAUAAGGAGAAUAAUAAUGGAGAAAAAAUCAUCACAUUAAUCUGUGAUAUAUGGAUGGAGAUAUCUAGACAUGCUUCUUAUGAAAAUCUUUUAGAACCAACAAAUUGCGUUCUAGAAAUAUUGGAAAAUUCAACAGAUGGUUAUAACCUUAUGUCAAUAUUUUUGUCUACUUUACUAUUUGCAGAGAGCGGUCAAAAGAUCCCAGAUUGGAGUAGAAUCACAAAAUUGAUAACAAGAUUUAUGGAUCAAAUUGUAGAAUUUAAUAAUAGCAACAACAUCAAAGAUAAAUACUUAGUUCAACCAGAUGUUGUAUCUUUAUUGUUUAUUCUCUAUUUCCGUAAUUGUGAUAUUAAAAACUUAACUCAAUUUCAUAUUAAAUUAUUUAAUUUCAUUUUAGAACAAUAUUCUGAUAUUUUUUUAUAUUUCUAUAUAAAUGUGUGCGAACUGGUAUCAGAAAGAUUGGUUUCGUUUAAUGGGGUUAAAUUCUUACAAAAUUUUAUCGACAAGAACUGGGAACAAAGUUCCGAAAAAAUUGCACUAUUUCUUUUGGAUAUAAACAAUAAUAAUAAGACUCCAAUUUUACAUAAAUUUCAAAAUAUUACAAUUCCAACAAAAUUUGCAGAUAAUCUUUUAUUAUACUUGUCAAAUAUUAAGAAACAGGAUGAUCUAUUUCAAAUUUAUUGGAGACUAUCUUUAUUGUCAUAUGUUUUUGAGAAAGAUAACUACGAAGUGCUAUUACCUCUAUUGAAGUUAUUAACAGAAUCAUUUUCAUCGCAGCAAAAUGAAUCAGAUUUCUUGAUUGAUACUAUUGGUAUAUUGAUUGGUAAUAUGACAACCAAGACUGAUGAUCAAAUACUUGAAGUUUUACAAUACAUUUUACCUCAUUUCAAAUUGUUACAAACAAGUUCAUAUUUCAUUAAUGGAUUGCUUCAAUUAUUACAAAGGGUAAAUGGUGAUAGAAAAAAUGAGAUAUCUCAAUUUUUUGCUCAGAAUAUUCAAAAAAAUGAAGAUAAAUCUUUAUUGCUUGGCUUAACAGAUAAUUUAAUAAUUCCUGAUAGUAAUAUGCGGGUUUUGACUUUGAAAUUAUUAAACAUUAUUAUGGAAAAAUUUCAAAAUAUAACUCUCCCACAAGUUGUCAAUGAAUGUAGUCUUAUAGAACAGAUUCCUUUAACGUUGCAGAAUGGCAGAAUUUUGACAGCUAGGAUUAGAUCUAUGGGUGAAGUAUUCAGCAAGAUUGAACCAACAGAAAUUAUCACAAAUAUUUUCUUGAAACAUUUGUUUGGGUUAUUAACUAUGAGAUUUGCUCCAAUUUGGGAAGGAAUUCGUGAAAUUGUACCAAUUAUUUAUAGAAAAAAUGCUUCUUUAACAUGGUUUUUACUCUAUGAUUUCUUAAAGGUAAAUGAUAUUAAUUAUCAAAUAAGCUAUCCAGAUAAUUCAAUGGAUUACGAUGUCGAUGGUAUUCUUUGGAAUUCUAAAACUCCUAGGUUAGAAAAUAUCUUACAAAAUAUUGCAUCAAGAUGGGUGAAAUAUACUUGUGUGCAAAACUCGAUCAUGGAUAUUGCUAAAAAUGGAAGGGCACAAUUGCAGUACCCUCCACAUGUAAGAGCAGAGACUUUAAAAAUAAUGUUACUAGUUCCACAGUUGGUUGAAUCAAAUUCUAGAAAUAUCGUUCCAUUUUUGUUUAAUGAAGAAGAAUUUGGAUCUAUUUUUGGUACUGAUGUUCAAUAUACAGCAAAUAAAUGGUCAGAUUUAGAGAGAAACAACUUACUUAGAGUAUUUGCUAAAUUUAAUAACUCCAAAAAUAUUUAUAAGAGUGAGGCAGUUUUCCAAAGAUUAUUAGUACUAUUAAGUAGUAGAACUGUUGAAGUGCAAAAAUUAGCUUUAGCUGCUAUAUUACCUUAUAAAGUACCUGUUGUUAACAAAUUUAAGGAUAAUUUGAGAAAUUUACUGGAUGAUACUUUAUUUAAAGACGAAAUUAUGACUUUCCUUUCUGAUAAUAGUUCUAAUAUUAUUCAACCAGAAGAACGGGAAGAAUUGAUGGUUUUAGUAUUACGUAUACUUUUUGGUAGAGCUCAGACUCCAGUAAGUAGUGGCAUUAAAAAGAGUCGGAAACAUGCUGUAUUAAGUAUUCUUCCUAAUUUAGGUGAAACUUAUAUCACUAAAUUUUUUGAACUCGGUAGUACAAGAUUUAAAUUUGAUUACUUUUUUUCUAACGGUUAUCAAAUAAACGAAUUAGAGCUUGUUACCACUAAUAUUAGAAGAAUGAUAGGUUAUGUUACUAUUAUUAACCAAGCAUUAGCUAUUUUAGGAUCUAAGUAUCUUAAUGCCAUCCUAUCCACAUUAAAACCACUAUUAUAUUGUAUUGCAUUUUCAUAUGCUUUUGGUAAAAUAAAGAGCAGUGACACCUUUAUAAAUAAACAAGUUUCUAACUUAAGGCAACAGUCUUUAAGAGCAUUAAAUUCGAUAUUCCAGGUUAUAGGAAAUGCAAUUUCAUGGACGGAGUACAUUGAUCAGAUCUUUAAUAUUGUUAUCAAACCUCGAAUUCCUGAUUUUGCCAAUGAAAACUUGCAGCAGCCAUCUUCCUUAUUGAAGAUUAUUAUUUUUUGGACUACAGGAAAGGAAUUUUAUCCAUUUUUAUAUUUUAAUGAUUUUUCAUGUGUUAGAAUUAUUAUGGACACUCUUUCUAAUGAAUAUGCAAAAGAAUCGGUUGUCUCAUGUAUUUUAGAAGGUUCUAAUCAUCUUAUUAAGAAUUCAUCAACAGAUGAGAAAUAUGUUGAAUUGGUAGCAAUUAUUGCUAGUACCUGUCUUCAAAUAUUACCGAAAUUAUAUGAGAAAUUUACUACAUCUACAACUAUUUCUACUGCAGUGGAUCUUCUUUUGAAUAUGACAGAAUUAGGUUACGUACAAGAUAACGAAACCAGAAAGUAUCUAUUAAAUUCAUUAUACUUAAUAUUAACAUCUAACUUUAUGAAUGUACCUAAAAGUGAUAUUUUGAACAUUUUGAAAAUUGUAGCAAAUUUAAUAGUUGAGUAUGAUUGUCAAUUAUCUGAGAUUGAGCCCAUAUUUAUAGAGGUGUCUAAAUUAUUACAAACCUUUUCUGAAAAGGGAUUGAGGUUGGCUAUUGUAUCUAUCAUAUCUAAUAUUGCAGUCAGAUUCGUUGAAUACAAGGAAAUAGCCACCAUAGUAACUGAUCUAAAUUCAUAUUCUACUAAACGUAUGCAUGAAUAUGAUUUUCCAAAAAUUCUUUCUGCAUUUGAGCAUUUUUGUGAGGAAGCAUCAAAAACAUUAAUGGAUGUUCAAUGGCUUCCAAUUUUACAUACAUGUUUGUAUUACAUUAAAGAUCAAGAAGAAUUAGCACUUCGUACUAACGCCACUUACUGUUUAACAAAAUUUAUUGAUUUUAGCAAUGCAAAGAUAUCAGAAGAGGAGGCGCACACUUGUGUUAAGUAUUUAAAAAUGAUUAUUUUACCAGCUAUAAGAGAUGGUUUAAGAAAGACUUCUGAAGAUGUUCAGGCAGAAUAUAUUACAUUACUUGAAUACAUUGUUAAAGUAUCGGUUUACUAUUCUGAUCUUCAAGAUAUGCGUGUAUUGUUGGCAGAUAAUGAUGAGGAGGCAAAUUUCUUUAUCAAUAUUAAACAUAUUCAAUUACAUCGUAGACAGAGAGCUAUUAGAAGAUUGGGUGAUUAUGUCAAUGAAUUGUCGAGUGGUAGUAUUGCACACUAUUUGAUACCAAUACUUGAGUAUUAUGUAUUUUCAAAAGAAGAAAAGUACCGUAAUAUUGCAAAUGAAAGUUUUACCUCUAUUGGGAAACUUGCUCAGGGUACUAGUUGGAAUCAAUAUAGAGCUUUACUUCGUAGAUAUAUUUCUAUUUUGAAAACCAAAGAAGACCUAUUAAAAGAAUCGGUUUUAUUGGUUAAUCAGUUAUCCUUGUCUUUGAAGACAACUUUGCAUGCUUUUAGGAACAAUACCUUAACAGAACGUCUUCGUGAAAAAUGUUUCACUAAUGUUGAAGAACCUGAAUCCUUUAUUAAAAAUGAAGUUUAUCCUGUAUUGUGCAAAAUUCUGGGAGAAAGAAAUGAUGAAACUAUUGUAGUUAGAAUUCCUUUAACCGAGGCUUUAGUCAACUUUAUCCUUGCUCUUUCUCAAGAUGAUACAGUAAAUAUGCUUCCUGGUAUUUUAACAGCAGUUUGUCAAAUUCUAAGAAGCAAAUCCGAGGAGCUUCGUGAUGCAAUUAGAAACACUCUAGGAAAGAUCAGUGUUAUCCUUGGUUCCUUUUAUUUACCUUUUAUUUUUAAAGAGUUGAAAAGUGCACUUCAAAGAGGAUCACAAGUACAUGUUUUAGGUUUUACUGUACAUCAUAUUUUAAAAGAGAUUUCUCAAUCAAUGGUACAUGCUGAUCUUGAUGAUUCUGCUCAUUUAUUGGUAAUGAUAAUUAUGGAAGACAUAUUUGGUACCGUUGGUCAGGAAAAGGAAUCUGAUAAUUAUCACACUAAAAUGAAAGAAGUCAAAGUGACCAAAAGUUAUGAUGCAGCAGAAAUACUAGCAUGUAAUAUUUCUUUGGGUAUUUUUGCAGAAUUGUUGUACCCAAUUAAGGCUUUAUUGAUGGAGAAAAUGAAUAAUAAAACCCAACACAAGUUAGACGAAUUGUUACGUAGAUAUUCUCUAGGUCUCAACAAAAAUGAAUCUGCAGAUUCUAAGGAAUCAUUGACCUUAUGUUAUGAGAUUUUCCAACAAUCCAUAGCUGAGGAAGACAAAAAAGUAAAAAAAUAUACAGCAAGAUCAGUGGAUGAAAAGGAAGAAUUUUUCUUAGUUAAUCUAAAUUUCAAAAAUACUACUGUUCAAAUGGAAAACUCUAUUUAUACAGCCACUUUGCAAAAGUUUGCCCUUGAUCUAUUAAAGAUUGUCAUUUCUAAACAUUAUAACUUGCUGCAUUCCUCUUAUUUAGAAGGGUUCAUGCCAUUAUUGAAAGAGGCAUUGGAUUCUGAAAAUGAAAAUGUGUUAACUAGUGCUCUUAGAGUAUUAGUCAUAAUAGUCAAGUUGGAUUUUUCUGAAGACUCGGAAGGUUUAUUUAAGAAUUGUGCUAGAAAGGUUUUAAAUUUAAUCAAAGACUCACCAUCUACAUCUACUGAAUUAUGUCAAAUGGGGCUUAAAUAUUUGUCAUCAUUUAUUCGUCAUAAGGAUAUGAAACUAAAAGACACAGCCAUAAGUUACAUCUUAACUAGAGUUUUACCUGAUUUAAAUGAACCAAGCAAACAGGGUCUAGCCUUUAAUUUUUUGAAGGCAUUAGUUCAUAAACAUAUUAUGUUACCAGAAAUUUACGAUGUAAUCGAUGUUGUAAGAGAAAUCAUGGUUACUAAUCAUUCUAAAGAUAUAAGAGAUGUUUCAAGAAGUGUAUAUUAUCAAUUUUUGAUGGAAUAUGAUCAAGGUAAAGGCCGUCUAGAAAAACAAUUUAAAUACAUGGUUGAUAAUUUACAAUAUCCAUCUCAAGAAGGUAGACAAUCUGUGAUGGAAUUAUUGAAUUUAAUUAUCACAAAGUCCAAUCCAAAUCUACUUUCAAAAUUAUCUUCUUCAUUCUUUUUAUCAUUGAGUAACGUCUCUAUUAAUGAUGAAAGUCCAAGAUGUCGUGAAAUGGCAAGUAUCUUACUUUCUAAUAUGCUUCAAAAGGUUUCUGAUAAAGACUUGGAGUUGAUUAAUAAGUACUUAACUGCCUGGUUGAGACAAGUAGAUCGUAUUCAAUUUACUAGUUUGGGAUUAAGAAUAUUUAAAAUUUAUAUUAGUGCAUUAUCGAUUGACAAGAAUUUACAUUUGAAGGAUCUUGCCUUAAAAAGAAUUCAACAAAUUGUUACUGAUGUUGAUGCUGGUUCUGACUUCGGAUGGGAUUUGAUUUACACUGCCUUAAAUAUAUUUAUUACUAUUGUGGAAAAUACUGAUGAAAUAUACCAAGAUCAAUAUAGAAAGGUAUGGGAUGGUGUGAAUGCAUGUUUGCUUUAUCCUCAUAUGUGGGUACGUCAAUCUUCAGCACGUUUAGUCAAUUUGAUGGUUAAUAAUCUUGAUAAACUUGAAACACCAAUGAGUGAUUCUGAGUUACAAAAUAUUGCUAAUAGAGUUAUGCAUCAACUAGCAGCACCAUCUAUUCCUGAAAGUUUGUCGAGUAUUAUAAUUAAGACAUUAGUUUUUAUUGCUAAUAAGUGGAACAAGGAAAAUACACAGUUUAUUGUCAAGGAUCAAGAUAAGGAGAGUCCAUAUAAAAGUGCAUUAGAUUAUAUGGUUAGUAGAAUUAGUGUAAUCAUUAGAAAUGAACAAAAUAUGGCUGAUUCGCAUGUAUCUAAAAAGGCAAGUAUUCAAUUCUUUGCCUUCUUAGCUCAAUUACUACCAGAAGAAUCAAUACAUCCAUUGGCAGAAAAGAUUAUAUUGUCAUUAUAUGUCCAUUUAGAAACUGACAAGGGCAAUAUUUCAGAAGAGAAGGAGGAAUUAAGCAAUCUAUCUCAAGAGUGUCUACAAGUAAUUGAAUCAAAACUCUCAGUUUCUGAUUUUACAAAGAUUUAUGCAAAUGUUAAACAAAUUGUUAUUAAGAGACGUCAAGAAAGAAAACAUAAACGUUCUAUCUUAGCAUUGAAUGCACCAGACAUUGCAGCUCAAAAGAAGAUCAAAAAGCAUGUUAGAUCAAGAGAGAAACGUAAACAUGAGAAGGAUGAUAGUGGCUAUUAUCAAAGAAAAAACAAAAAGAAGAGAGUAUGA